CAGGAGCCUGGUCUUGAAGCAGGACGUGCCUGGUUUGUACACCACCACAUGCAAGAAAGGCAGACUCAGCCCAGAAGAGUUUACAGUCGAUGUCUCUGGCUGUAACACAGCAGCUCAACACCGGGUCCUAAAUGGCCUCAGGUAUGGAUGGGAAGAAAUGCAGUGUGUGGAUGUUUUUACCUCUUGUGUUUACACUGUUUACAUCAGCUGGAUUAUGGAUAGUGUACUUUAUAGCAGUGGAAGAUAACAAAAUUCUCCCACUAAAUGUACCAGAUAGGAAACCUGGUUCUGAAAGACCACCUUAUAUAAGUAUUGCAGGUGACGCUCCUCCUGCAAGCUGCGUGUUUAGCCAAGUCAUGAACAUGGCAGCAUUUCUAGCGCUUGUCGUGGCUGUCCUGCGCUUCAUUCAGCUGAAGCCGAAGGUGCUAAACCCAUGGCUGAACGUCAGCGGCCUGGUGGCAUUAUGCUUGGCGUCUUUUGGGAUGACCCUACUUGGCAACUUUCAGCUUUCCAAUGAUGAGGAGAUCCACAAUGUGGGCACAUCGCUGACCUUUGGCUUUGGGACCUUGGCAUGCUGGAUCCAGUCUGCCCUCACCCUCAAGACCAACCUGAAGAAUGAGGGACGGAAAGUCGGGAUUCCACGAGUCGCCUUGUCGGCCAGCAUCACCCUCUGCGUGGUGCUCUAUUUCAUCCUCAUGGCGCAGGGCAUCCACAUGCAUGCUUCCAGGAUCCAGUGGGGCCUGGUGAUGUGCUUCCUGUGCUACUUUGGCACCUUUGCAGUGGAGUUCAGGCACUACAGAUUUGAGAUCGUUUGCUCUGAGUACCAGGAAAACUUUCUGAGCUUUUCUGAAAGCUUAUCAGAAGCCUCUGAGUACCAGACAGAUCAGGUGUAG